ACACAUAAAAAUUUGUCUGAAUCAAUAGUCCCUCAAUAAUUUUCUUUGUCCUGGGAUCAAUACAGAAAAUUUGCAAGCACAAUUUACAGAAAAAGUUAUAACCUGAUAGAGGGAGAUUCUUUGCAAAGCUUGGUGAUGAUGGCUUCUGUUCCUGCUUUUGCUGCUUCUGCUGGUUCCAGUUUGGAUCGCCUUGAUUAUGCGUUGGAAGGAUUACUGUCUCCAUCAUUUGCAGUAGGAAAAGUUUACAAUGAUUGGAGGUAUCUGAGGAUUCUCUGGCAAUCCUAUCACAAGAGAAGCGGUGCUGCAGCCGGCCUGAAGAUUGAAGCUACUGCUGAGGAGAUUGCCCAGGACCUUGUUCGUUUUUGUAAUGGAGAGAAACAGGGCGACAAGAAGUCCCCUGAAUCAGAAUCCCUCCUGGAAUUAGCCCGUGAUUGCAGCACAAAAACCAAGCUUUUGAUGGCUGAAAUUGGAGAAGCUCUUGACCGUUUGUACUUGUCCUGGUCUUCAAGUGGCCGAGACAGCAGCAACAACAGCUCAUUCCAGAUCCAUCUGCUGUCUCCUGCACCUCUUGAUGUUUCCUUUUGGCCAAGUUUUGUCAAGCAGUUGCAAUCAAACGUGCUCCGGAUCUCACGGAUUGCGGCUGAACAUUUGGGCAGUGAACACGUUAGUGUAAGGAACCGUGUCUAUUCCUUGUACGACAGCCUCAAAUCACUCGAGCAUUACAUUGCUCCAUUAUUUAGUCACCCCAAUUUCUCAUCCCCUGGGAGAGUAGGAGCGGAAGCAGGAGCAACAACAGAUGAUGCAUUGCCUAGUGUUGAUGCUUGCCUUGGCCAUGUGGUAUCUGUGGUCCUACGAAUUGCAAAUCAGUGUUGUGAUCACUGGUUGGAUUGCAAAACAGGCCGAAUCCAGGUGGAAAAAAGUGAGUUGACUAAGUUCGUGGAGGAUUUGCAUCACGAGAUUCAUCCUAGGAAUCCCCACUUUAUGGAGUUCCAUCUCAACUUCCUUAUGGCUAUCUACCGCAGCAGUCACAGGAAGGACGAGGACGUGGAUUUUGUGAUGCAAUUCUGCUAUUAUCUGUUCAACUUCGAAGGUGGAGAUUUCCGAGAUGAGGUAUCUUCCCUGGUAACCCUUUUUGUCAAAACUAACGCUAAACUGGAGGAUAGGGAUUUUGUACAAAGUUUCUUUCCAGAACUCAAUGCAGUGCUCACAGAGAUAGCGUCUCUCUUUGAGGCGAACAGCAGGGAGGGGGAUAAACUGGACAACUCUCCUCAGUGUUCUGAGUUACUCACCAAAAUUUGUCUCCUCAAGGCAGAGCUUUUACUCGUGGUGCAGAUCCAUAACAUCAACAGCAGCAACAAAAGCAGUUCCUCCCUUUCUUCCUCCUCCGCUAUGCUUUCAGAUUGGGAAGAUAUUAUAUAUGAGUGCAGGGAGCUCCCCAGAAAUUUGAGCAGAUAUUUCCAAAAUCUAUACCAUGAGCAGAUAGAAGAUGGGAAAAAGAUGUCGGCGUUUAUUGAGUCAAUAUUCCAGGAGGUAGAGUUUCUUUAUCAGUCAUUUAGGCACCAAGAAAUCACAAAAUCUGCAGUGAAGAACUCACUUCUCCCACUUGUUUCUAAGCUUGUGAUUUUCAAAGAAGAGACAUUUCUGAUGGAAUUGCUACGGUUGAAGAACGGUGGUGAGUCAACUUUCUUGGCUUGUGGGAGAGAGCAGAUUGCCCUACAUCUUCAAAAGCUCAAGUAUAUUUCACAGAUUCUGUUGGAUAAGCGGAGGAAAGACAGAGAGGACGUGUUCAGAUCCUGCUUGUACUUUAGGAAGCUGACAAGUUUCUCUUACUCUUUUUCUAUCACACAAGAUAAAAUGAUCAUUUCAUUCUCUGACCUGUUAUAUAAGGUGAAGCAUCUGAUGAAGGCAGAGCUCAAAGAGAUUAUUCCCCAAUUUCUGAUGUUUGAUUUCCCUAAGACUUGCAAACUAAGGUUCCUGGAUUUUCUGUUGACAAACCUUGAGGAGCUGCUGAAAUGCUUUCCCACGUCAAUUGCAUCAGUGAAGCACCACAUUGAAGAGAUUCAACUACAUCUGAAGUUGCUGAAUACUUUUCUGGUGAAUGUUACAAAAUUGGACAUUGAAAAGCAUCCAGAGCUGAAAGAUAUUGGUGAUUGUGUGAAUGAUGUGGCAUAUCAAGUGGAGUGUAUUGUUGACUCAAUUGAGGUAGAUGCUCAACCGCAAAAUUUCUUCUGGUUAAUUGAUGUACUGGAGGACUUAAGACUUGUUAAAGAGAAGGCCUGUGGAAUUCAUUUGCCAACCCCCGAGGCAGAAGUUCGAGAUUCCAAAAUUGUCAACCAAGUUCCAAUUGACAAGUUGUCAAGGGAUAGCACACCAACAAUUGAUGAAUUUGUUGUGGAUCUCAAAGAUGAAGAACAAUUUAUAAUAGAAAAACUUACUAGAGGAACUCCAAAGGCACUAGAUAUUGUUUCUAUUAUUGGAAUGCCUGGUUUAGGCAAGACAACAUUGGCAAUGAAAGUAUACAACAGUAAAAGUGUCAUGUAUUGCUUCCAUCAGCGUGCAUGGUGCACCGUUUCCCAAGCAUAUGAGAAAAGGCGGCUGUUGAUUGAGAUCUUAACAGGCGUUCACGGGCCUACCGAUGAGAUACACCAAAUGACGGAUGAUGCUCUUGAAGAGAAAUUGAGAAAGGCCUUGCUCAGAAACAAGUAUCUCAUAGUUAUGGAUGACGUUUGGGAUGCUGGAGCUGUGAAUGACUUGAAAAAGGCCUUCCCGAAUGACUCCAACGGAAGCAGAAUUCUCUUAACCAGUCGCCACCGUAGUGUGGCCUUGGAAAUUGAACCAGAUAGUGUUCCUCAUUCUCUUCGCCAAUUUUCUGAGGAGGAAAGUUGGGAGUUGCUGGAAAAGAAGGUGUUCAAAGGAGAAAGUUACACCAAGGAGUUGCUGGAAGUCGGAAAAGAAAUUGCCCGCCGCUGUCAAGGAUUACCACUGGCACUUGUUGCUGUAGCUGGUAUACUGAAAGCCCCAGUAAAGAACCCAAAAUCUUGGAAAAAAUUAGCAGACACCUUAAGCUCAGAAGUAAUUGAUAAUCCAGAAGCUCGGGAAGCUCGAUGUAAGGAAGUCUUGGGGGUGAGCUACAACCUCCUGCCAGAACAUCUAAAAUCAUGCUUAUGCUAUAUGGUGGUUCUGAGUGAAGAAAGAGAUAUUCUUGUCCGCAAGUUAAAACGGUUUUGGCUUGCAGAAGGGUUCAUACCGAGACCUGAGCAGAAAAGCUCCGAAGAGGUUGCGGAGGAUUUCUUGAUGGAUUUGAUUGACAGAAGCUUGGUGAUAAUCUCCAAAAGAAGAUCCAACGGGAAGGUUAAAUCAUGUCGCCUUCAUGAUCUCAUACUUGAUUUCUGCAAGUCAAAGCUCAAAGAUGCCAGCCUCUUUCAGCUAGUAACCAGGUCUAGUGAACCAUAUGCUUCUUUUCCUAGUUCAGAUUAUGGUUUUGAAUUUGAUUUUCACCAUAAUUCAUGUCCUGUAUCAUUUUCAUCCUAUCGGUUGGCAAUAUCUUUGAAGCGCAACCAUCUUGUUGAAUCAAAACCUAUUGGUCUGGGCACACGUUCGUUGUUGUUCUUUGCCUCCUCAGAUUCAGAACCAAGAUGUCCUUAUGACAUCUCCUUCAUUUGGCAGAACUUCAAAUUACUCAGGGUGUUGGACUUUGAAUGCAUCAAUGUUGGUGUCUCUUUUCCUGCAGAAAUUGGACAGUUGGUUCAAUUAAGAUACUUAGCAGUUGGGGGUUAUUUGCGAUCUAUUCCACAAUCGAUAUCCAACCUCAGGAGAUUGGAAACUCUUAUCCUGAAAGGAUUGCGUGGUAUGAUCAUGUUACCGAAUACUAUAUGGCAGAUGAAAAGUUUAAGGCAUGUUCAUGUUAAUCCUCACAUUUCUUUCAACCGGGAUGAUGAAGAGCAGCGUGGUGGUUGCUUUGAAUUAAAGAACUUGGUCAGCUUAUCUUGCCCAUCUCUUUCUUGUGGCGAGGAAGCAGACAGGAUAAUAAUCAGGUUUCAGAAUGUUGGCAAAUUGAGAUGCAUAUUUUUUGAAUCACAAGAUUCAUCCACGAAUCGCAAUCAGUUUCCCAGAUUGAUCCGUCUAACUCAUUUGGAGUCGCUCAAGAUACUUUACCAUGGGACCCCUCUCAAUAAUGGCGAGUUCAAUCUCCCAUUGAAUCUAAAGAAAUUGACCCUAUCAAACUUUCGCCUACCAUGGAGUCAUAUCUCUACAAUUGGAAAACUAGAAAACCUAGAGGUUCUAAAGUUACUUUCUGGUGCUUUUGAGGGGCGGACAUGGAAGAUGGAGGAUGGAGAGUUCCAGAAACUCAAAUUCUUGUGCUUAGACACACUGAACAUUGUGGAAUGGAUUGCCUCUUACGAACAACUUCCCAGACUUCAAAGACUUGUCAUACAAAAUUGCAAAGAACUUAAGGAACUUCCUGAUGACUUAGCGAACAUAACUUCGCUGGAAACAAUUGAAGUGCAUUGGUGUGGGCAGUCUGCAGAAGAGUCGGCAAACAACAUUAGGGAAGAAGCUGGGGAGAUCAAAGUCGUUAUCAGGAGUUCAUAUUCAAAAUCCUGAGCAUCAUUCUUCAUCAGGUUCAGUUUGUAAAAAAGCCUUGACUUAGAUAUCCAGGGGAAUUGGUGCUCACGGAAGGCUGGGAUUUUUUACUUUAAAACUCAGUUGGAACUGUCUAAUCUUAUAUUCUAGAUGAGCUCAUAUCUCUCAUUUUGAUUUGGAACUAAUGAAGCGAUAUGACUUAUUAUUUAGCUGUGCCAGUUUGCUAUCAUAUAGUGGGCUGUUUAUGCUGAAUUUGAGAAGCAGAAAGCUACUCCAUGUAUUCUGGAUGCUUGUUUGAUGAAAUUGAGAUGAAGUCUGUUGUUAUCAUCAAGGGCCUAUUCAAUUUU